CCGCAUAACAUCUCCAAAAGGUAGAGGUACCUCUACGUAGACCGUGUAUGGUGACUUGUUCAGCUACUUCGACGGAGAGGAGUCCCAGUCCCAGUUCUCCCACCCCCUUCUUUUGCGCCCAACCUCCGUCCAAACAGCCGGUUGACACCAUGAGCGCUUCGAUCGAAGUGGGCGCACACACCACCAGCGACGUCCCUCAAGACAGCGAAGAGUUCCAGACCAUUGUUCAGAGUAUCGGGGGCGCACAGGAUCCCGAAAUCCUCUUUCCAUCGUCAACGAGAUCCGCUGAACUGCCAACGGACGAACAAGGGGAGAAUACUACUACAACUGUAGAAGACGGGGAGAGCGCAAAGGACGAAGAGGAGAAGGGUAUCGACGACGAGGCUUCCUAUUAUUGGGAUGCUUCGACCAUGGCACCGCUUAGUUCAGCCUCAGCGGCCGCCAUUGCCCGGUUAAGAGCCUUUAAGCCCCCUCCCUUCCCGCUAUGGGACCGCCUACCACCCAGUCGCCGCGCCGCGGUGCUGUUGCUCUUGUUCGCAGACAAGCGCGGUGAUCUCCGUGUGGUCAUCACUAUGCGCGCCGCGAGCAUGCGCAGCUUCUCUGGACAUGCCGCGCUACCCGGCGGGAAGGCCGAUAGUGUAGAGGAAACGCCAUAUCAAAUUGCCCGCCGCGAAGCCUGGGAAGAAAUCGGCCUCCCCAUGGACGACAACAAGCUCCCUUCGCCCUUCCGCAUCGAACACCUCUGCGACCUACCCAUGAACCUCGCGCGCACCGAGCUAGUCGUCCGUCCCUGCGUUGCCUUUAUGCACGCCGACCGCGGGAAAAAGUCACCAUCACCAACAACCGAUGGCGACAAGGACGCGCCAACAGCGGACGAAUCUCUGAUCCCCCGUCUAAACGCCAAGGAGGUCGCCGCCGUCUUCUCCGCGCCCUUCCACAAUUUUUUGCGAGCCAAUGAUGAGGUUCACAAAAGCGACGACGGAUCCCAAGAAACGCCGCCGCCAGGCAAGUGGUACGAGGGCAGCUGGACGAACUGGCACGAGGAGCAGUGGCGGAUGCACUUCUUUUACGUGCCCGUCAACAACCAGCGGGUGGCCAAACCGGGGUCGCGAAAGCAGUUAAAGGCUGAAGAAAAGGCGUCCAACAAAAGCGUAAUCAACCCGGAAGACGACGAGGACCUGCCGCCGCCGACAGCGGCGCUUGCGCGCGGGGAUGAGGAGGAAAGCGAGCGGUAUAAGGUGUGGGGUAUGACGGCGAGGAUACUGGUGGAUGCGGCGACGGUGGCCUAUGGGGAGGAGCCCGAGUUCGAGCAUAACAGCCAUUUUGGAGACGAGAGGAUGAUUAUGGGAUUGGAUAAGUUGGGUCUGUUGGGGGAGAAGAAGAAGAAGGGGAGUGUGUUUACGCAGGAGGAUCUGAAGAGGGCGAGUGAGGCGGCGAAGAAGGCUAGCGAGGCGUCGAAGAUGUAGAUAGAGGACCGGACCUAAUGACUUGAUGGGGGAAGCAAGGAGUUGGAAUAGACCGUUUGUUAUUCAUUCAUAAGCACG